AGAAGGUGUCACCAGUCGAACAGAUACAAUGGCGACUACUUCCGCUCUGCAUGUAGCUGAUUAUGUAGUGAUGGCGGUCAUGUUGCUGGUACCUCUGGGUAUUGGCAUCUAUUUUGCAAUCAAAGACAGGGGUCAGUCUUCCAGGGAUGUCUAUCUGCUGGGAGGUGGCACGAUGUCGUGGUUCCCGGUGGCCCUCUCCAUUUUUGUCACCUAUCAGCCAUCCAAGCAGCUGCUGUCGGUUGGCGGGCAAAGGAGGGUGGUUCUCCCGAAUUCUCCGACCAAGCUCAACCUACAACUACUGUUCAAUAGGAUUGAGGUCUGGCUGGACUGUUAUGCUGGUCAAACCAUGCUGUGCACCACAUUUGACGGUGGCUUGCUGGUUCUGAGUCAGCUCAGGUUUUUUUACUUGACGACGCGCACGGAGGUUGACGUCAUGAAGAUGAUUACGUAUUGUGUGCGAACUGACUGUGGUGUAGAUGGCAGCUCGCAGAUGUGGCCUGAUGACGCUGGCAGAGCUUGUCCGCUGCUGUAUGGCUUGGAUUCGGCGGUGGCUCUGAUGGGUGUGCCGAGCGAGAUCUUCUACUCCGGCGCAAUGUUCUUCGUCAUCUACAUCGGCAUCAGUCUGAGUUAUGUGCUGGGCUACUUCACAAUCGUUCCUCUCCUGGGACCGCUCCGGCUGACCAGCAUCAACGAGUACCUGGAGCGUCGCUACCAGUCCAGAGCUGUCCGCACAAUGGCGGCCUUGUUGGGCAUGCUGAUGACGACAUGCUACAUGGCUGUGUCGCACCUCUCCCCGGCCCUGGCGCUACAAGCAGCGGUCGGCAUGCCAUUAUGGAUGUCAGUGGCAAUCGUAGGUCUAGUGGGCACGGCUUACACAGCGAUGGGGGGCAUAAAGAGUGUCGUGUGGACAGACGCCUUCCAGACUGUGGUCAUCUUCAUCGGGAUACUCAUGAUUAUCAUCAAAGGAUCAAUAGCCAUCGGUGGGUUUACUACAGCGAUCUCCGUGGCUCGUUCCCAAGGGAGGUUGUCUAUGGAGGAAUGGAGCCUGGACCCACGUACAAAAUACACCUGGUGGGGAAUGACCAUAGGCGGCACCUUCACCUGGCUGGUCAAUGUCUACACACAGGCAACAGUUCAAAGAAUCUCAGCCAUGAAAAACAUGCGUGACGUCAAACGUUCCUUCCUGCUCAACAUCCCGCUCUACCUCAUAUGUGCGAUUUUCCGG